AGCGGCUCGAUUACAGACUUGAAAAUAAACGACGAGAAGAGGAAAAAGCGUCGCUUCUGAGCAGCUUGCUGGUGACAACAAAAAUGGCUGAGAGUUACAGCAUUAAUUCUGCUUCCGGGCCCGGCAAAGUUCAAGUCAUGGAUAGUUCUGGCUUUUUACGAGUCCAGUUACCUAUAACAGUGUUAUUAUCGUGCAUGUUUACAUUCUCCACCGGCAGCGAAAUUAAUUUUGUAACGUGCGGAUCGGUGGUGAAGCUGCUCAACGUGAAACACAACGUCAGAUUACACUCUCAUGAUGUCCGAUAUGGAUCUGGUAGUGGUCAGCAGUCGGUCACAGGUGUAACCUCAGUGGAGGACAGUAAUAGUUACUGGAGUGUUCGUGGCACCAUUGAAGCCAUAUGUCACAGAGGGACUCCUGUUAAAUGUGGUCAGAACAUUCGUCUCACCCAUGUCAACACGGGCCGCAAUUUGCACAGUCACUACUUUACCUCUCCACUUUCGUCAAAUCAGGAGGUCAGCGCAUUUGGUGAGAACGGUGAGGGUGACCAUCUUGACGAGUGGACCGUUCUGUGUGCAGGCUCAGUUUGGCAGCGUGAGGAGUCUGUUCGGUUUCGCCACACAGCCACUGAGGUUCUGUUGUCUGUGACGGGUGAACAGUACGGCAGACCCAUCCACGGCCAGAGAGAAGUGCACGGAAUGAUGAUCAGUAGCCCACACAGCUACUGGAGAACAAUGGAGGGCGUCUUUAUGAAACCAAGUGAGCUUGGACCCAAGGAUUUCAACAGCCCACUACACACAGAGUUUUAAAGGGACAUGUUAUACAAGAUCUGCUGGACUCUCUAUUUUAUAUAGUUUUGUUGUUAAACUUAAAGGAAUGGUUCAUUCAAAAAUGAUAUUUAUACCAACAUUAACUCAUCCUCAAUAGUAUAACUUACUUUCUUUUGUGGACACAGCUAGAUAUAGUAUGGAGAAUGUUAGUGACUAAGUGAGGAAGUCACAAUUCACUAUCACUGUGUUAAAAAAACAUUCUUUAUUAUGUCUAUUCUUUAAAAUGUUCAACUAAAGAAAAGGAAUUAUAUGGUAUGGAAAAACCAUGAGUGUGAGUUAAUGAUGACAGACGUUUCAUUAUUGGGUGUACUGUCCCUUUAAACAGAAAGUAUUCAGACUGUGCCUCGUGAUCAUUUUAACACUUGAAUUAUAAAAUGUUAUAUUGCAUAGUCAACAUAUAAGACAAACUGAACGUCAUUCAUUGCUUUAGUUUUUCAAAGGUGCUGUUAGCUUUUCAAACUCAAAAGUUCAAUUGCAGUUUUUCAAACAAACUUCUGGUUUGAACAUACUGUACUCACCUAUUAGAAUAUUUAAUUAUUCUAAUAUAUUAUGAAAUGCAUGGCCAUCUGUCUGUACCUUAUUGCAGUGUAAUACAUUUGCAUACAUGAAAAAUUACAGAAUAUGCACUUGAAGGUAGAUUUCUACACUUGAGAGUAAAACAGCAGUGGGACAUUGUACUUGCUGUAUUUAAGUAUUAUACCAGUUAUUUUUAUGUGAAGCAUGUGUUUUUAGGAACAGGUGGUAUUUUAGGUUUUCUAAUAAGGUGAAAUCCAGAGUCUACAAGUAAUGCAAUUUUUUUAAGUACCACUUAAAAUAACAAAUAUCUGCUUAUAAGUUUAUGGUUAAAAUCAAAACAGUGCCUUUUUUUAUUAUGAUAAACAUUUACUGAAAUUACAUAUAAGUGCUGUGCAAUCUAAGUUACACUUUAAAUGUAAUUGAUGCAAUUUGUUAUUUUCUUGAUAUGAAUAUGUAGUUAUGACUUGUAAACCAUUAUUUUGUCUACAUGUUUACAGGUCAAAAUCAUAUACCUUGGUAUAUAAGAUGUUGUCAUUGUACAAUGUCACAAUGUUAAUUUCUACACAGUUACAACUGAGAACACACAGUUAACUCUAUGAAGAAAAUAUACCUCAUUAUGUUCACGUUCUACUUCAGGCCUUGGAAAACAGUAUUUUUAAAUGUUUAAAUGUGUCUGUGUGUUCUCACGACUUGUAAAAAUGCUAUUUUGUAGAUUAUAGAGAUUAGAGAAAGCUGCUUAA